GCUAUAAUAGAGAGGUGUAUCCAUUUAUUGGCUUGUCAUGUGGAAACCAAAGUGAAAGUAUAGCAGGAUCUCUUUCGUGUAAGAUGCCAUAGGCGGAAUUAGUCUUUUCUAGUCUUUAAGAUAUACAGGCCACUGAAAACACAGGCACUGCGUGUCAUGGAAUAAUGGACUCGUCUUUUGAGUACAGCAGAGAGCACAAACACAUUGGUAGAUGCCUUAUAAUAAACAAUGAAACAUUUGAUGGUCAGCCUCAUCUUCAGAGGUGUGGCACAGAGGAGGAUGGGAACAAACUGAGGGUGACGUUCAAAGUGCUAGGCUUCAGCGUGCGGAUGGAGAAAGAUCUAACUGUGGCCGACAUGAGACGCGUUCUUCGGGAGGAGUCUGAAGAGGACCACAGUGAGAUGUCCUGCUUUGUGUGUGUGCUGCUAAGUCACGGGGAGCAGGGGCUGCUGAUGGGGGCUGACGGAGCCCACAUCUCCAUCAGGAGCCUGGCCUCCACCCUCACCUCCCACAACUGCCGCACACUCCAGGGCAAGCCCAAACUCUUCUUUAUACAGGCUUGCCGGGGACAGCAGAUGGACUCUGGUGUGGAGGCGGACUCUGUAGAACCAGAGGAGUUGGAAGAGUUUGCAGGGGUCUCUGAGGUCCCAGAAGAGGACUUCCUGUGCUGUCAUUCUACAAGCUCAGGCUACUUCUCCUGGAGAAAUCAGGUGCUUGGAUCUGCUUUCAUCAGCUCUCUCUGUGACGUGCUGGCUCGACAUAGACGUCAGGAAAUAACCAAAAUCCUGACCAGGGUCAGUUGCCACGUGGCCAGAAGCUUUCAUUCUAAAACUGGCCAGAAGGAUAGUCAUGGCAAAAAACAAAUGCCCUGCAUUAUCUCCAGACUCACCAGGGAGUUUUAUCUACAAAAAUGAGUCAUCACAGCUCUUCAUUGAACCGAUAGAGCAUCAUUGUGCAUGCAAACAUGCAGAAUUAAAGCAUCUUAAAGCAAA